AUGCUUUACUUCCUUAGGGAUAAGUUAGGGAUUAAUUAUCCCGUGACCGAAACCUUUCUCUCCUCCUCCCUUCUGCGCGCGACGGCGUUUCGGCUCGAGGAAGACGAAGCCGACGGAGCUAGGGCUCGACUCCGGCGGUCGACCAAGGCAAGGCUCCGUGGGUUCUUCACAUAUUCGAGCUCCCCUCGGCGAGGAGAGCGCGUGGACAGAGGAGUUGUCGGGAUUUCGAGCUCGCCAAAAGCCCUAGAAGCCUCCUUCUCGGUUGUAAGUCCAGGAAACCCAAGCUUUGAAGUUCAUGUUAGAGGAUGUUUAAGUAUGAAUUGUUUAGAGAUAAAGAGAUGUAGUGCCAGAAGAGGCUCCAGUGAUAGUGAUAAUGGGGACUUGGAUAAAAGGACUUGUAAGGAAAGAGUGCAGAUUGGAAGUCAUAACAGACAUGAUACUAGAGAGCACCGGCAUGGAAAUCAUGAAAAAGAGAAUAUAAAGGGGGAUUAAAUUGUUAAUGCUUUACUUCCUUGUAUGAUGUCUAAGAUCUAUAUAUAAAAGAUGUUACCAGAUGAUCUUGAUAAGCUUAGUAUGCAGAUUUUAGAUAAGCUUAGUAUGCAGAUUUUUGUUAAGCUUUGCAUGCAGAUUUAUGUUAAGCUUUGUAUAUAGAUUUUUGUUUAAACAUUUCAGUGUUAGAAUU